CUGAUUGUACGUUCCGCAACACUGGCACACGUUUUAUAAUAAUAAAUACUCUUUUUUAGUUGCCGGGCCCAAGAACUUUGACUUAAAAUGCUGAAAAAUAUUUGUGUAACACAGUUCAAUCUACUCAAAAGUGUCACCAGCCUGCAGCAACAAGUGCGAACCACGUUCGUGCUGAAGCGCAAGUAUGAUCCUCUAUUACACAAGACCAAUCAGAAACCGCGUCGCAUGCGCGCUAAGCACUUCAUUUAUGAACUGGUCGAGGACACGCUCGUCAAGAAAAGCCCAAACAUGGAGGUGGUGCUAAAGACCUUCGUCGAAGGCGUUGGCGACAAGGGAGACGUUGUUUCCAUGAAACCCAAUUUCGUGUACAACAAGCUUUUGCUACCCGGAUUAGCUACCUACAAAACACCCGAGAACAUUGCCAAAUAUGCCAAGACAGAGGCGGAAAAGUCUGCGGUGAAGCAUAGUUCGCCCUACGCCCAGCGUACCGUCAAUAUGCUGGAGUCCAUUGUAUUGGCGGUGAUCAUGAACAAGGACGAACCUUGGGUAAUUGAGCCAUGGCACAUUAAAGCAUCGUUGCGCAAGGCAGGCUUCCAUUGCCGCGAGGAAUGCAUCACGUUGCCCAAGGAGCGCAUCGAGGGACCCGAUCUACGCAAAGAGAACAAGGAGUUCAACUGCACCAUCACGAUCAAUAAGUUGGAGCAGGCGAAUCUAAAAUGUCGCAUUCACCAUUGGAGCACUGAUCCCAGCGAACGAUUGCCCUAUGUUCUGGAGCACUGGAAACUGCCAUCCGAGCCAUUAUUGGAUGUGGGUUUACCCGAACGAAGUGAAACUCCCGAAAAGCAAGCUUAAUUUGCACACAUUUAAAUACUGUUGU